GCAAAUUUUCUCGCGCUUGGCCCUGAAUAUCCUCAUAUUUAUGUCACACUUGGCUUGCUGGCGCGAGUUUGGUUCCGUGGUCUUAGAUCAGAACUAGCAUUACCGUCCCGCUUAGUAGGGAAUAACAAUUCUUAUUCUGUAGCAUAGGUUUUUAGUAAGGGGAGCAAAGCGAUUGACUUGCGGAAAUGCCGCGCCCUCGGUCCCAGCGCACACCGGCGGCAAAUGAAGUCCUGGAGCAGCCCAGCGAGACAGCCCCAACAGUGCCUUCAGAGCAGCCACAACCACCAGCCAGACGUGUCCUUGAUAAUUCCCAAGAUCAAAUUCUCCGCAGCCUGCCCAGCUCCCUUUCCCGCGAACAAAAGCUCGCGGCGCUCGGCUGGAGAGGAGGAUGCUUUUGCUGCCCCGCAAACAUAAGCUUUGGACAGUGUAUAGCGGGCUUCUGGCAGGCCGCUCGCAGCCCAGCCAAAUCAACAGACUCGCUUGUCCAUUGGGGAUUGAACGCUUCCAAGUUCCUGUUUGAGGCUGGGCCCAACGCCGCACCAGGAUUCGAGUUGCUGCUUCGCGCGGGCUUCCUAAGCCUCGCGCCUCAGCUGCUGACGCUGACGGGUGAAGUGCCUCAGACCAUCAUGCUCACACCCCAGCUCUCCUUCACGCAAGUCUUCGCCACAGGCGGCAAGCAAAUCCCCCUCGCCACCUCCCCUCAGCUCGUCACCCUCAGCCUCCUCGCCCAGCUCUCAGCCGCACCCGCCGCCCUGGCCGCCCUCGCAGCCUCACCCGACAUCAUCCCCAGCCUGCUCCGCGCCCUUUCAGCUUCCUCCGACGACCGCUUCCGCUCCCUCGCCUUCCAAACCCUAGCGGAAUGCCUGAACUUUUACCCAGAGGAGGAAGCGCAGGAGGAAGGGGCAGCUGCUGCGGUGUCCACUGCCGCCGCCUUGGCUGCACGCCUGCGUAGCUCCCUCAUUCAGCGGCUGUUAGACUCCGGCGUGGCGGGUGUCACAGCAGCUGCCCUCGAACGCAGCACCAGUGCAACCGUGGCGCGGGACGCAUGCGCCUUUCUGCUGGGGAUGCUGCUAGGCAGUAGCGGCAGCAGCGGUAACAGUAGCAGUAGCAGCACAGCCGCGCGGACCGCAGGCAGCAAUGCCGCCCGGCAGCAGCAGCAGCAGCACGGUGGGAGAGCCGGCGGUGAC